UUUACGUAAAACAAUUAAAAACAAAGUAGCUGUUAUAGUAAAAAAGAAUGCCAUAAUAAAACUUAAAAAUAGUAAUUGCCAAGUAAGAUUGGCGGAUAGUUGGAAAUUUUCGGAUAUCCGGAUCUGAUUUCCAAACCGAAAAUUUUCGGAUAGGUAAACGGCCUUUUUCGGAUUCGGAUCGCUAACAUAAGUGCCUAGUAAUAUCUUAAACACAUUUUUGACAAAUAUUUUUUUAACUGAAAUUGUUUUUUAAGAGACAGUAUCGGGACUUUUCCAAAGCUAAAAUUAACAAAAUAACUAUUCUUAUUAAAUUCCUUUUACUAAUUUAAGUGAUCUAGAUUUGAGAAAAUUUUUUGAUACAUUAAAUGGACAUAUUGAAGAGAAGGUUUAUUCUAAAUAAAAAUUUAAAAAAAUAAUUUAAAAGAUUAUUCAAUCAUUAAUGCAACAACUUUUGGCUGGAUUAAGUUAUUGCCAUGCACAUAAUGUUUUACACAGGGAUUUAAAGCCACAAAAUUUGUUAAUUAGCAACAACAUUAAAGACUCCCCUCCCCAAUUAAAAUUGGCAGAUUUUGGAUUAGCAAGGCCUUUUGGAAUUCCUGUUCGCUGCUAUAGUGCUGAAGUUGUAACACUUUGGUAUAGACCUCCAGACGUUCUUUUUGGAGCAAAACUUUACAAUACUUCCAUAGACAUUUGGUCUGCUGGAUGUAUUUUUGCUGAAAUUGCCAAUUGUGGUAAACCGCUUUUCCCUGGUGCCGAUGUUGAUGAUCAAUUGAAGAGAAUAUUUAAAUUAUUGGGUACACCUAAUGAAAUAGAAUGGCCAACGAUGACACAUUUACCUGAAUAUAAGCCCUAUCCACCAUAUCAUAGAGCUACAAAUUGUUGGGAAAAAGCUAUGUCUAUUCCGAAUGAUUUAGCUAGGGAUUUAUUAAAGCGUCUUCUUGUUUGCAAUCCACAGCAAAGAAUUAAUGCAGAUGUUGCUUUGACACAUAAAUACUUUUCUAUAUCUUCAACAAAUACGAAUUCAAUUAAGAAAGUUUAA